GAUAUUACAACAAAACAACAAGAAAAUUGUAUUUUAUUAGGAGAAAUUGCACACUUCCUUAACAUUAUUUUUGUCUGUUUAUAGAAUAAAGUAAAAAUUUUUGAUAGUUUGUUUUACGGAAAAUAAAUAGGAAGUGAAUGCCAUUGUUUUUAAUUAUAAGUGCUUUAUACUUCGGUGGGCGGAAGGUAUACUAAAUAAACGGGAGGAUGUCAGACCAUGCGGUUGAAUGGCCUGGCAAGUCAGGUUCACGAGAGAUGGCAGACAGCGCCUGGCCGGUGUACUCCGAGCGCUGCUGAUAGCGCAACUGGCUAUUUCACUGGUCAUGGUUAUAUUUUGUUAUAACGUGACUGUCAAAGUAAUGUCGCUGUUGAAAAAUAUUCAUAAGGUAACAGUAAUGCUGUUCUACGCCCUUCUACUACUUCAUGCGUACUGCAUGAAGCUUCACUACACGAGCGGUUUCCGCCUCAUCUCUUGGCUACUCCGAUGUCCUCACUGGCCUCGAGCUGCGCCAGUCACCCGUCUUUGGCUCAUCAGCGGUUGCUUAGUCGCUCUCAACGGCCUGCUGGUUCAUGCUGCUUGUAAAAGCACACUUAAAGCAUUAAUGAAAGAAUUGUCGUCGUCACUUCGAAUCGGUAUAUCGCACUACCUGUCGGAGCCGACGUGGAAACGUAUCAUGGACACCAUGCAGGUAGAACUAAACUGCUGCGGCGUUGAGAGCCCGAGCGACUGGCACGAGAUCCCCUGGAUUAAUAUGGACUUCCUUAAUGAAGAUUCAGAACUUGUUAUGAAGUUAUCAGGAACUGAUGGUAAGGCCCUGCCGCCGGUGUCUCCUUACUCUUGCUGUUCGCCGCAUGUGCUGGCAGCGUGCUGUCAUGACCCUUUACAGCAGUUCGAGGACUCCUGGUGGGGCAGCGCUGCGGGUGCUACUCUAAGCGCUCGGUCGUGCCGUGACGCGGUGGGCGCUCCGCUGGCUCGCGCUGCACUCGCUAUACACACAUUGAGCGCUCUUGCCCUUGUUCUGCAGCUGGUGGUGGUGAUGGUGACUCAGCUCGUGGUGCGAAGUGCACUGCAAGCCGUCGCCAGGGGCGACUGGACCGGACAUCACGAUCGGGAGUCAGUGCGGGACAGAGAGUGAGCUUGAGACUCGUCGAGAACGCUCCCUCGCUACAUUGUAAGGUAUUCGAUCACUUCGACCUUCUCCAGCUGUAAAUAUGUAAUAAAUUGUGAAGUCUCAAAUAAAACAUGAUUAUAAUCAA